GGUGUUUUGACGAAGGCUCGUAAGAAUGCGAAAGCUCAGUGGAACGACCACUUCGAAUUGAAUGCGGAAGUGCAGAAAAUCAGCUUUUUGAAAGUUGGGCAGUACCGCGAUGUAGUGUAUUUUUCGUCAUUCUGACGGUUCGCUGCACCACAGAUAUUGAAGAGGAUUCGCUGCAAACCUCCGAAGAUGAACGAACACCUCGAUUUAAUUUAGACAGGUGGGGUUAGUUUCGAAGCGACAUGGCGUCGUCGAGCCGUCUACGCAAAGUGGCCAUCGGCGGGGGCCUGUUGGCAGCUGGUGCCCUGCUAGCUGGUUACGUGGUCAACAAGAACUCGGCCAAGAAACUCUCCAAGAAUCGGCAAGCCCACGUCGUGGCAGCUGAACUCCGGAAUGCCCACCUCAGCAUGCCGCUGCCCACGAGAGAACAGCAGAUCCAAUCGCUACAGAGCACCCACGAGUUUGAUGUGCUGGUGAUUGGGGGCGGGGCUACAGGAUGUGGGGUGGCCUUGGAUUCUGUAAGUCGAGGGCUGAAGACUGCGCUCGUAGAGAUGUACGAUUUCUCGGCGGGCACCAGCAGUCGCAGCACUAAGCUGAUCCACGGCGGGGUUCGGUACCUGGAGAAAGCCAUCAAGGGCUUAGACCUGGAGCAGUAUCGUCUCGUCAAGGAAGCCUUACACGAGAGAGCAAACCUCUUAGAGAUUGCCCCACAUCUCUCCUCCGCGCUGCCUAUCAUGCUCCCCGUCUACAAAUGGUGGCAGUUGCCUUAUUUCUGGGCGGGAAUCAAGAUGUACGACCUUGUCGCUGGGAGACAACGCCUCAAGCCCAGCUACCUCUUAUCCAAGUCCAGAACCCUGGAACUAUUCCCCAUGCUCAAGAAGGAAAAACUUGUGGGCGGAAUCGUCUAUUACGACGGUCAGCACAACGACGCAAGAAUGAACAUUGCAAUAGCAUUAACCGCGGCACGGAUGGGGGCAACAGUAGCCAAUCACACGGAAGUAUUAAGCCUAAUCAAAAGCACGGAUAGUAGCGGGAAGGAGGUUGUCAAGGGAGCGCUCGUCCGAGACAAAAUAACAGGUAAGGAGUACAGUGUCCUCGCCAAGUCGGUCAUCAACGCAACGGGGCCGUUCACGGAUUCCAUCAGGAAGAUGGCCGAACCGGAAGCCACAUCGAUCUGUGAACCUAGCUCAGGGAUACACAUUGUACUGCCUGGCUACUACAGUCCUGAAGCCAUGGGUCUGCUAGACCCCUCCACCAGCGACGGUCGCGUCAUCUUCUUCCUACCCUGGCAGAAUUUCACCCUCGCCGGUACGACAGACAACCCCUGCGCCGUGACUCACAACCCUGGACCCACCGAGGAUGAGAUCCAGUUCAUCCUGAAUGAAAUCAAGGAUUAUCUCAGCCUAGAUGUUGCAGUAAGGCGAGGUGACGUUCUAGCCGCGUGGAGCGGCAUCAGGCCAUUGGUGAGAGACCCAAAAGCCAAGAACACUGAAUCCAUCGCCAGAAACCAUGUUAUAGACAUCAGCAGCAAUAAAGUGGUCACCAUUGCAGGUGGCAAGUGGACCACGUAUCGCAGCAUGGCCAAAGACGCAGUGGACGCGGCGGUCAAGACCUGCAGCCUAAAGCCAAGGAACGACUCGCUGACCGACGGAUUGGUCCUAGAAGGUGGUCACGGAUGGACGCCCAACAUGUUCAUAAGACUCAUUCAGGAUUUUGGCUUGGAUGACGAGGUUGCCAGGCAUUUGAGUGAGACCUACGGGGACAAGGCAGUAGAGGUGGCCAGAAUGGCCAACCUUACUGGCAAGAGGUGGCCAGUGGUGGGCAAGAAGCUAGCCCAGCACUUCCCAUAUCUGGAAGCCGAGGUUACCUACGCAGUCAAGGAGUACGCCUGCACAGCCAUUGAUGUUCUUGCUCGGAGGACGCGGUUGGCUUUCCUCAACGUGAUGGCAGCAGAAGAGGCUUUACCCCGCAUCAUUGAGAUCAUGGCUAAGGAGCUGGGCUGGAGCGCUGCAACACAAAAGCUUGAACUAGAGAAAGCCGUGCGGUUCCUGAACGUGGAGAUGGGCUACAACUGCCACUCCUCUCUCAUGAAGGUCCCCAUUCAGUUCGGUAAGGAAGAGGUCGCCAAAUACACCAAGCGAUUCCAUCUCCUGGACAAGGACAGUAAGGGUUACAUCACUCCCAUCGACAUGCGCAACUUCCUAUCUAGUGUCGGUGAGACGAUAACUGAAGACCAGCUACGUGACAUGCUGCAUGAGGUAGACUGCAAUAAGAAUGGACGCGUUGAGCUGGACGAGUUCCUGCAGCUCAUGAGUGCUAUCAAGACCGGUGCCAUGGCCAACGUUCGGCUCGAGAUCGCCCUGAAAAUGGGAGACCGUAAAGUCAUCCCAACGGAUCGCAGCGGUGGGGAGAGCAAUUGGGAUCCGUAGCACAAUUUGUGGGCAGGGCUUAAAGUGGGCGGGAAGAGGGAGGGAGGCACACCAAAACUACCUGAAAUUACUUUUAGACAAUUUGAAAAUACUGAAUGUUGCGUACUUGUUCACAUUUUUCAAAUUACAUAAUACAUGUAAAUACAAGUACAUGUAGUUGCAAGAACUAAUAUGAAUUUACUAUCGCACAUCAAGCUAUAAUUUUCUAUUAUAAAAGGGUUGUAACAUUUAAAUGUACAGUUAUUACUGUAAGAGUACUUUUUCCUAUUUUGUAUCAUGUUCACAGCAUUAAAAAAUGUAGAAUUCUUACUAAGAGUAACUAAAUGGAAUUUUGGAUGAACAUUUCCAGGAUACAUCAAUCGUGUGCACGAUCUUUAUGUUGUUUAAGGUUGUCUUUGCACUAUGCACAUGAUGCAUGCCCGCACGUCCCAUUCUUUUCGCAAAUAAUCCUUACUUUAAUUUCUUUGAAGGAAAAAAGGCAAACGUGAAAGCUUUUUGUUUGUUUGUUUUUCUUUAUCUCUUCCUCAAAACACUGAUGCACUAUCUAAACUGUUUAUUUUUUGUUUCAUUUUGAAUUUACACAAGGUUGUGUUUGCCAUUUUCAUCUCUCAAUUUCUAACAUUUCUAUUCACUGUAAUUAUGUAUAUUCACUGUAUUUCUUAAACAAGCACAAAGUUGAUAACAAAUAAAGCCAGUCUUACUGAACUAACACUAACAGUACACCAGCCUUUCUGUUGAUGUUUCUGUUUUGA